UAAGCUCGGAGUGUUUCGCAACAGUACACGCUCGCAUCUCGCGUAUCGCGCACGCUGUUCCAAUCAUAUUUAAGUUCCCGCAAAAAAAAUCACGGCCCGAUUUAAACUGAAAAACGGCAGUUUUAAUUACUACAUCGCUGACUAUUUGAGUGAAUGAUCAUAUUGUGCUCCACGCCGAUGCUUUUACAACUUUACGUGACUUCAAACAGAUCCAUUAACAUUGCAAGCUCACAAGUGGGAGAUGGGUCUCGGCAUUGAAAGAUUCUUCCUGUUGUCGUACUGCAUUGCAUGCUGCUGGCAAGGUCUGCACGGGCAGAAUCAAUUGAGAGUUGUUAGACAAUGGGCUGAGAUGGACUUCGUUUACCCUAGCGAGGAGGCCAAACAAAGAGCAGCUCGGGAAAAUUAUUACGUCCGAGGUAACUCGGUACCCAUUGAUGUCGAAGUUCAUCAUAGAAAAGGAUCCCAAAAGUCUCGCAUCUUUGUAUCAAUACCGCGCUUCGACGCUGGCCGACCGGUGACGUUCGGCGUGGUGGAAGAGGACGGCCGCAUUCGAGGCUACCCCGACUACUCCUGGCACGACAACCAAGGCUACAACUGCGAUGGCAUGACCUCCGUUUUCAGAGUUGCAAUAGACGAAUGCGAUCGUCUUUGGGUAAUGGAUACGGGUAAAAUAGGAGAAGAACAGAGAUGUCCGCCGCAGAUUCUUGCAUUCAAUUUAAGCACCGACGAGCUAAUCUACAGGCAUAAAGUUGUCAACACGAGUUAUACAUCUGAAUCACUAUUUAUUACACCGGUCGUGGAUGUGAGAAAGAAGGGCGACAGUUGUGCGGAUACGUUUGUAUACGUAGCAGAUGUCUCUGGCUUCGGCAUCCUCGUGCUGGACGUCGCCAACGACCGCACUUGGCGAGUCAAGCACCGGCUUUGCUAUCCAUUCCCCUCGCAUGGCACAUUCACCAUAGAGAAUGAGUCUUUCGAGUUGAUGGACGGUGUGCUGGGCAUGGCGCUAUCCCCGCUGCGGCCGGACGGCGAGCGCUACUUGUACUUCCACGCGCUCGCUGCCACCACAGAGAACGUGGUCAGCACCAGCCUGCUCAGGAAUGACUCCUUCAUUAAGAACAGUAAUGCACCAGCAAAUUCUAUGAAUCCUUUCCCGGAGGAGCGACCAAAUCAGUCAGCAGCUCAAGCUAUGGACCUCAAGGGUGCCACUUUUUAA